AUGCUUAAGGCACAAGAGCUUCGUUUGAGAACUACAAUGGAUCAAACUGAAAAAAAAUACAAUGAGUUGUGUGUGAAGGCUCAAUCUGCUUCUUUCAAUCAUGAAAUUAAGGAGUUGAAAGCAGUUGCAAAAGAAAGGCACAUUUUUUUUGUUCAAGAUGUCAAAAAGGUUCGUGAGGACGUGAACCUGAAGAUUGAGGAACUUCAUUCGGACGUGGCAAAGGAAGUUGCAACUCUUGAUCAAAAUUAUUCAUCUCUUCACACCAAGGUGGAUAUCAUUGCUGAUGUUGUCACCAAUGUGGUUAAGUGGUAUAAUACCUUACUUGCAAAGUUUGAUUCGAAGGCUGAUUCAGAUGCUCAGGAAGUCGCACAGUUGAAAGAAAUCUUGAAUACUCUCAAGGAGUCUGUUUCGAAUCUUGGAUCAUCUUCAUCAUCAUUUCUUACUCCAGAUUACUUAACUUAG